UGAAUCAUAGAACGAGGUCUCAGAAAAAGGAAAACUGCAGAUUUUGUGCUUAGAGAUGUACAGUUAUUCUCUCAGUUUCUUUCUUACCUAGUAGUUAGUUAAAUAAUAUUUGAAGAGUUAAAAUAUAUUAGAAGCACACUAUCACAAAUUGCAGUGUAUUAGGACAGAAACCGAUGGACCACUUUGCUGCCAUUGCUCAUUUUUCAUUUCCUUUACAGUGACCUUGCCUGUAUAACAGAACACAGAAGGGGAAUCUGUGCUGUUUCCAAAUUAUUUGAGCCAGGAUUUGGAAAAGCUGCUUUGAUUGUCGUCCGGGUCCCUUCCUCAGAGGAAACACAUCCUGUUAAUGUUUGAAUGUGAAGUUGGACUACCGAAUGUUUGUUGCAGCCAGCAACGCCCAAAGACUCACCAGCACAGUUAGAAAAACAACAGUUUCCUCCUAACUUUGAGAGUCGUUUUCUUUUUGGUAUCUUAUCAGUAUGUCAGGAUUGUGUCACUCCCAAAGCAUGGAGUCUAUUUCAACAAGAUGCUCAAUUUCUGCUUAACUGUUUAAUCUACUGCACGGUGCUUUGCUGUGAUUGUUAAUAUUUUGAUUUAAGCUGAAGGCAAUCUCAACAAACAUUACAUCAAACUGCUUUGAUCAAGUUGAUCUACUUUUCAACAAAUUGACAAAUAGGUGCACAGAUCCAGGAAAUCACUCAUUUGACUCCACCAGCUUUACUCAAAGAUCUUCACUUCGUGCAUCAACGAAACUUCAACAAAAGGGAUGGACCUGCAUGCACGGCAGCUUAUCACUGCUAUGUCUCCAGUCAAGAAGGCGCAAGAGGGCGGAUAAACCACGUUCAUUUUCACCCAGAUUAAACAGUUAAAGUAUUUUUAAAAUCUGACACAUCCCUGUUGAGGAUACUGGUGGACAGAAGGAUGAAUGCUCAGCUCCUCUAGCAACUCUCAGACAGCUCUAGAUGCUUCUGAAUGUUUAAUACACAUGAGUGUUUUGUGUAGAAAUAAAAAAGCUUCCUUGUGUUCACUUGGCAACUAGAGCUGUCUUGGAGUUGAGGAAAAGCAGCUGGGUAUGACUGUCCAAAAGCUGGUGGCUACUGCUGUGGCAGUGGCUCUUCUGUCUCUGAUUCUCAACAAUGCAGCAGCCUUCACUCCAAACUGGGUGUAUCAGGCACUGGAGGAUGGGAGAAAGCGCAGUGUGGGAUUGUGGAAGAUGUGUUAUGGAAUUGAUAAAGGGAAAGGGCCAACAAGGCUUGAACAAACUUUGGAGCGUGACUGUGAGAAUUUAGACUGGGGAUCAGAGCAUGCUGGAUUUCAAGAAUCUCGGAACACAGUGAAACUUCAGUUUGAUAUGAUGCGAGCCUGUAACCUGAUUGCCACAGUGGCUUUGACUGUUGGCCAGCUCAUCUUCCUCCUUGGACUGAUGGAAUUGCCACUAAUUAGCCAAGAUUCUCAGUGGUGGGAAGAGGCAAUAGCUGCUCUGUUUCAGCUAUCCAAUUUCCAGCAUCUGCAGUAUUUUGUUCUUAAAGGACGAUUGCUGUCCCUUUACUACAAGCACCUAAAAUUUCUCCUCGCAUGCAUCAUCCUGCAUCAUGAUUACGAUUGGGGAUCCUGUCGAUCAAGUUUUGUGUUGGUGAUUGGACUGGUGACGUUCUACCGAAUUGGCCCUUAUACUCAUCUCUCUUGGUCAUGCUACCUGGACAUUGGAGCUUGUCUCUUCUCAACACUUGCAGCAGCUAUGUUAAUCUGGAACAUAUUACACCGGCGGGAGGACUGCAUGACACCCCGUGUUAUUGUUAUUCGUCACUCAAGACCCCGUUUUGAAAAUGACUAUGUGGAGUCACCCUGCUGAAAUGAAAUUGAUAACAGGAAAGGAGACUAUUUGCACGUGUUUGAGAAUUGCAGAAUCCCUGUUUGUUCAUGAACUAACUAAAUGUCUGCCCAACAGUCAAAAUAUAGGGAAGGUUGGAUGAGGUAGAUGCACCGCUGGGGAAGGAGAAAGCAAGGGUUGGAAUUUGAAAACAUUAACAAUUUUGAUUUGGGUCACCAGUACAAUUUCCAAGGAACUAUGCAAAUCAUGAAUUAAAUAUAUCAGAAUAUUAGAGCAUAGUAUAAACACAGGAGAACUAAAUGAGCACUGGGGGGGUUUGAGGAAUCAAAUGUGCCAAUGUGCCUCAUAUAUCUGAGGGGGCUCCACUAGAUUCAAAGGCAUUUCCUGUGAUCCAACUACAAAUGGCUUAAGAUGUUGACUUGUUGACAAAUUGGUGGUAAGAUGCAGUGUCAAGGACACUGAGUAACUUGGUGAUGAGGGUUUGUCACUUCUUGGCCAGGUCAUUAGGUUGAGCAACAUUGUGAAAUAGAAAGAAUUCUCUUACUCCUCUCCACCACCACUAAGUUCAAGCACCUGCUCCCAAGUGUCAGGACUUUACUGUGGAUAAUCAGGUAUCAAGAUUGAUAAAUAUUUAAAGGAUUAGUACUCAACAAUUGAACAAUCUAGGCUUUAAUUUAAAUCAGCUAACUAGAUAGGACACAAUAUAUGUAUUUUAUAGCAUUAGAAUGAUGAGAGUCACUUGUUAUUUGCUUCUGACAUUAAUGACCUCAGAACGUAAUCAGACUGAUUCAUCAGGAGUAGGUCAUUCUGCCUGUCAAGCCUGCCCCAUCAUUAAAUACAAUCAUGGCUUGAUCAUUUUGAUGCCUUCUACCCACACAAUCCCAAAACUAUUGAUUCCAUUGGUAAUCAGAAAUGUAUUAAUCAAUCAAUCUCUACUUUAAACAGACUGAAAUUUCACAGCCCUCUGGCUUACAGAAUUCUAGAAAUUCACAAACCUUUGAAUAAAAAGAGUUUCCCCUCAUUUCGGUCCUAAAUUGCCCUCUUCCUUGUUUUUAAAUGGCGCCUCCUAGUUCUAGACUCCACAGCCAGGAGAAGCAUCUUAUCUGGAUCUGUUCUGUAUUUCCCUUUAAGUAUUUUGUAGGUUUCAAGGAGAUCACCUUUUAUUCAUCAAGUAUCUUGAGAAUAAAGCAGUGUUUGCCCAAUCUCUCUCCAUAAGACAGUCUCAUCAUCCUGGGACCAAGUCUGGUGAUUCUUUAUUACAGUCUCUCUUUGGCAAUAAUAUCAUUCCCAAGGUAAUAGGACCUCAGUUGGCUGGACUGCAGGUUGCAAUGCAGACUGAUGUCAACAGCAUGCGUUCAACUCCUGCACUGGUGAGGUUGCCAUGAAGGACCUUCCUUAUCAAACUCUCCCCUCACCUAAGGUAUGGUGACUACCAUCAGUUGUCUUUCUCUAAAGAGAGAGCAGCCCUAUGGUGUAGUAGGCCUAUGGUGACUUUACUUUGAGGUUCUAGCAAUUUUUCCCUACUACUGAUGUUAAGCUAAUAAGUCCUGGUACCUUGUUUUCCCUCUUGCUCCCUUCUUAAAGAAUGGGAUGAUGUUUGCUAGCUUCCAAUUUACAGGAGUCAUUCCAGUAUUUGAAUUCUGGAAUGCACAGGCAAACCUACAGAUCAGAAGAUUCAAUAAAUUAAAGUUAAAUUUUAACAGCAAUAUUGAACAUGAAGGGCUAUCCUAUAAACAUAAGUGGAAUUCACAGCAGUUGGGUGGAGUUAAAAUGAAGGUGGACUUAAUCUGUGGGCAUUUUUAAGAAAACACUUCUGUAAUUCAGUAUUUUCAGUUGCUUUUUCAAAAAGUGCACUAUAAUUAUAAAACAUUAAAAUAAAAGGCAAGAGCACUGCUUGAGUUGGAAACUCAUCCUUGCCGUCAGUUCUACUUCCCUUGGGUUGACACUUUACCAUGGCUACCUUCACAUGCAAUCAAUGUUUCUGCACCAUAUUGGACUGGGUUUUCCAGGGAUGGGGGACAUAUCACUGGACAUGUUAAUUUUGGUGAGGUGUUUUGUAUCUGCCUUAGUGAGACAUUUAUUAUGGCUCUUUUGCACCCUUGGCACAAGUUGAUCUUUAAUUCAGGUUUUGUGUAGGGAAAUGGGGCAGGAUAUCUAGCCACUAAAAUAGGACAGACAAGUCACAAUCAGGAUCUUCUGGCUACCUACUGUUGUGCUGAAUGAAGGCUUCCUGCUCGUCCCUGAAGGCAAAAGAUUUAACAGCCAAUGGGAUGCCUCUCUCCAGCCCAUCAAUCAGAAAGGUGGGUGGGGGACAAGUGCUGUAGUUUUUGAAUGCACCACAUGCAAAGCUGGAGAGAAGUGAGACAGGAGCAUCCUUCACACUUUGAUUCCAUGAGAACAGUUAGUCUGAACCACUCCUGUCUGUGUCUUUGGGAAAGUUCCAUUAAUUCCAGGGGAACUUAAAAGGGUGUGAGUUCAAUGUCACAGAUGUCCUCGAUCUUAGUGAUUGGGAAACACAUGUUUCUUUGAGCUUAUUUCAGGAAAAUCAGACCCAUUAAUCUCAAUAAAUGUGAUCAUAAAACAUGGACUGAGAAAGCAAUGUGGAAUAUAAUUUUACUCUUUCAGUUCUGUGUUGUUUUAAAUAUUGGAAGCACUAUCAGUAGAAGUGUUGCUCUAUUUCAUGCCUGUGAAAUCUGAAAUCAUUGGUUUGCUAGUGAACCUAGAAUUCACAUUCACAUUAUUGCCAAUCUGCUGAAUAAACUACACUCUACAGUAAGAAAAAUAAAUCACAUCAACCAGAUAAAUUCCAUGUGUGUAAUAAUGUUCAUUAACAACUUCAAGUUGAGAUAGUCACUAUUUGUACCAGACCUGUUAGUUCUAGUACUUUUCAAAUAUUACAUUUCAAAAGUGGUCUACCGCCACAUACAGAUUAAAAACAAUAUUUGUAAAUAUAAUUUGGGGAUUUUUGAACAAUUUGAGUGAAAAGAGUUUGAAGGUUUAACAAAAUAACAUCCAUUAUGUCUUAUACUUAACAACACUUCCACAGUAUGCCACUCAACUCAGCUGACUGAACAGUGAACACUGAUCAAAUUCAUACUAAGGAAUGGUAGGUUUGAGGUUUCAGCUUCAGCUGAGUGUUCAACACACAACAUACAGGUGUUAGCCAUUUAGUUACUAAGGUAUUAAGCAACACCUUCAAAAAAGUAGUAUAGGAAUGAAAAUUCAACACAGGUUUCACCAAACGGACUGUUUUCAGAUGCAGCAAAACUGCUUAAGAUUAACCAAAACACUUGAAAAUAUCUCAACAUUCAGUUUUAGCUGGGUUGUUCUAAUCCCUAAACUAGUAACAUUUAAUUUAUUUUUGUAAUGUUCCACUUUGCUGUUGUUUCUUAGUUCCAUAUUUUGCAGUGUGGAAAAAAAACCUUUAAUUUGUCAGUUGAAGGCACUCACAUUGUUACAAACAUUCUCUCACACAAAGCAACACACAAUAUUAUGAUGACAUCCUCUCAAGUACCAAAUACCAAUCAUUAGUGAAGUUGGUAGUGAUCCACUUUCCAUAAACACUUGAGAGAGUUUCAGGAUUUUGACCCAGCAAUUAUAAAUUUGAAACAUCAUCAAGUCAGAAUGGUGUGCGAUUUGUAGGGAUAAUUAUCCAGCCACCACAGUGAGUUGCGCUACAAAUCACAUACCAUUCUAACUUGACUAUGUUUCAACUUCACAAUUGCUGGGUCAAAAUCCUGAAACUUGUCCUAACUUGGAUGCAGCUGUUUAGACAAAGUUGAUUACCACCACCACCACCUUCUCAAAAACAAUUAAGAAUGGUCAAUAAUUACUGGCCUAGAUGGAGACUUUUGCAUCUCAUAAAUGGAUGUAAAACCAAAACAUUAAUAUGGAGCAUCAAUAUUACCACAACUACUACAUGCAAAUAGGAGGCACCAUCCCAGUUACAUAUCAUCAUAUACUCACCUAGUUCCUUUUCUCCAUGAAACAAAUCCAACUGAGUCAUAUUUACGUAUACAGUUAAGAUGUAAACUCUUCCGCGUACAGUAUUUGCGCACUCUAAAGCUAUAUCUGAUCAACACAAAUCAAAAUCAGCAUCUACUCAGUGCUGUAUUCCGAAACGGUUGCUCUUACUGUUUUGCUAUGUUAACUAAAAACCUAAAUAUACGUAGCUAAACUGUAGAACAGGGGAAAGACAGUAGAGGUCAGUUGGUUCUUGGGAACUACAUUUAAAUCUAUUAUGAAGAUAAUUGCAUGUACUGGAUAAUAAAUGAUAUAGCUGAAAGAAUAAAAUUGUAAGUAGAUCUGUCACACAAACUCUUGCUAUUUCACAGCAUUAUAUGCUGAUUUUUUCUCAAAUGCAGUUACAGUGGGUUUUUAUGUAAUUCUGGUACAAAACAGCUCUUACUGAACUAUUUAAGAAAGCAGAACACUUUGGUUGUCACUGCUGGAACACAUGAGUUUCUCCUGUACAUUUAAUUUAAAGCCCAAAUAUUUCCUUAAAUAAAAUUUAUAUGAUCAAGAUAAUUCUGUGUUUGC